AAAAAAAAUCAAAUUGAAUGAGUCGAGACUAAUUUAGAAAAGAAAACCACGGUCAAACUUGAAAAUCCAUUCUCUACGUCUCGCCUCUCUCUCACACACACUCUUCUUUCUUCACCACUAAACUCAAAUUCAUAAUGUCAAUUUCCCAAACAGACCGUAAGUGUAACUCCACGCCCAUCACACCAACACCCUUCGACAUCACCAUCAUUGACCGCAACAUCCCUUCCAACACCCACAAUAUUUACGACAUCAUCUUCGAUUCAAAUCUCACUAUCAACACCCUUAUAACCUCCUCUCCUUCCCUCGUCGACGCCUGGUUCCUCGAAACCAACCGCCUCCACAACCCCUUCCCCCUCCUCAUCGGCCUCGAUAUCGAAUGGCGCCCUAACUUCCAACGCGGCCGCAACAACCGCACUGCCGUCCUCCAACUCUGCAUCAACAACCGCUGCCUCGUUUUCCAAAUCAUCCAUUCCCCUUUCAUCCCUACCUCCCUCACAACUUUCCUAUCCAAUAUUAAUAACAAAUUCGUUGGCGUUGGAAUCGAAGAUGAUAUCGAGAAGCUUCUAAAAGAUUAUAAAAUCCACGUGGCGAAUUUCGAUGACCUUCGUACCCUUGCUGCUUACGUGUUGAAUGAUCGAGAGAUGUUGAAGACUGGUAUUAAAACGUUGUCGCAGCGUGUGCUUGGGAAAGCUGUUCAGAAACCGAAAAAGGUUACUACGAGUAAGUGGGAUAAUAAGAAGCUUAAUGAGGAUCAGGUUAAGUAUGCUACUGUUGAUGCUUUUGUUUCAUUUGAAGUUGGUCGUCGUCUUUAUUCUAAUCAGUUUUUUUAAUUUCAAUCAUUCUUAUGUCUCAUUUGUUAUUUAUAUACAUAUGUACUCGAAUAAAUUCUUAAUAUUUAUUAAAGUAGUUAAGAUUUCAAGGAUUUA